AUGGGUCAGCACAAGUCUCACAAGUGUUUCUUGUUGAGUGACAUUGAUCAACAAAUGAGAAAAGAACUGAAGGAACAGCUCGAUAAAUUGCUACAAAUGAAAAUGAAAUGGGAAUUAGAAUGUCACGCUGAUCACUUGAGUUUGCAAAAAGAAACGAAAGAAAUUGAAAACCAAAGCCAACAAUUGAAAAAAGAGAUGGACGUCAUAUUCGAAGAAUUGCAACAAUGUUUGAAAAAGAGGCAAGAAGAUUUACAUGAAGAGAUUGACAAGCUCUCUUUGGAAAGAUGUAAUGUCAUUUCCAAGCUUCAAGAUUUGAAACUCCAAACAGAGAGCUCAAUAACAGAAUUUGAAGAUUUAAAUGCAAUGACAACAUUCGAAUUGGUAAACAGAAAAAUUACUUCUUUUGAUCAUGCUUCGAAAGAGUUCAACAAUUUCGUUCAAGAAUUUAAAUUCGACUCUGUUAAACAACUACAUGAAAUGAAAUGGAUGGAUUACAAGAAACAAUUGGACUCACUGAAAAAAGAUAUUGAACAAUUUGGAAAAAUAGAAUCAUCAUCAUUGCUUGAAUUAUCCAAUGAAUGGCUCUAUGAACCCAACAAAUUCGAAAUCUCUACUGAUCGUAACCGUGUCAAGUUGAUCAAAAAAGAUGGAAAAGAUUAUCGUUUUGUUUUUAACAACACCAAGAUGGAACGUGGAGAGGUUGUGUCACACAAAAAUUUUGGUGCCUAUGCGAAACCAUGGAAUUCACACAAGUCGUAUUUUGUGAGUGCUUCUGGUCACAGUUGGAGUAUGGAAUUGAGUGAGAAUUACCGAACGAUUGGACUCAGUUUCUCAACUGGACAUGAACUUGCCUUAGAAAUGAAUUGCAAGACCAAACAACUCAUCAUUCGAAAAGUUGGAUCGAAGGAAACAUUUACAUUUGACAAUAUUCUGUUGCCAGUGUAUCCCUCCGUUGUGCUUACCAAUAGCAAUGAUACGGUGAGCAUUGUAGAAUAA